UUUUGAUUAUACCUUGUUAUUAUUUUUGCAUUGCUGCCUCGGUUGUUGCCCCUCCUUCACCUAGUGGGGAUUCGUCCGCGGUUUCCGACGAUUGUUGCGUACACUGUCAUCGAUUCGACGCUUUCGAACAAUUUGUCGAUUCGAUUAUAUCUUCCAUUUUCUGUAACAGUGAAGUGCGUCGUAAGGAGUGUCGGAGUCGGAGCAACUUGAACCUCCAGGAAGUGAAGUCAAGCGUGGUUAACGUGGGAGUUCGUUAGAGUGUUGUGGUAGUGGCGGUGGUAUUGGUUGUGAUGUGUUCAUGGAUGUGAUUUUGGAGAGGAGGUUGCGAAUUGUGCUCAGAUGGUGUUUUACGAGGAGAAAUUUGCGUCCAGGGGACGAGAUUGAGGUGGAAAUUGGUCGGAGGGUUGGAUUAGUGCAGUGGUCGGUGUAGUUCUGGAAGGCGAUUUGAGGGGGUUGAAGCGGUUUUUCUCGGCUUUCCGUGAUUUGGUUCAGGCGUGGGGGGCGUUUCGAAGUUGCAUUACUCUGGUUAUGGUCGAUUGACGUGAAGGAUGCAGAGGCUUGUGGAUACCGUUCUUGGGAAUGCCAAAGAGUCAAUAAAAACAUUCACACAAGAAUCAUUUCAGAACACCGUUAGGGUGAUCAAUGGAUUUUCGGCACUGGUACUUGCGUUCUUGCCAGGAAAAGGGCCCACAUUGCAUGGAAUUCAAUCGCAUUGUACAUUUCGCGCCCCUCGCAUGCCGCGAUGGAUGGAGGAGGGCGUGUCUUCAUUCAAUACAUUUAUAUCAGAGUAUGACACGGACAGCGAAUCGAACAGUGAGAAUGAGGAUGGAUCAGGUGUUGAAGAUAACGAUAGCACGGCGCUACCUUCUCCCUCUUCGGAGUCUUCUCACUUAUCACGAGCUGGUAGUUCAGGAAGACGCCACCGGCGAAACAAGACUCUAUUGCAACGGCUAUUAAUAUGGAUGAUGUGGCCACUACGUUUCUGGUUUUUCAUUUUGACUUGUGUGUGGCGAUCUGUAAAUCGAAGUUCAAAUCAUCUCGAAACAAUUUCUGAAACCCGCAGGUCAAAUUCGGGAAGCUUCAGGAGAUUAGCUCGCCGCUUCAGUGGCAGCAGAGAAUUCGCAGUGCCAAAGUCAGUGGCUGAUCGUAGACGUGGCAUAAUCGAGGACUUACAACUCGUGAUAGAGCUUCAAAUAGAGCGUGUGUUCGAGGUAGUGCGCUACAUAAUUCACCAUGUUCUAUCACCGUUUAAGACAUUUGGAGAAUUUAUCCAUUGGGCAUUCUUUCGUGAUACGAGCUACAACGACGCCUCCGAUCUCGCAGAUGUAGCCACUUUAGGUGCUUCAGAUCCCGUUCCUCACAAACAGAAGCAGGUUCCACAGCAACCUUUGAAUACAGACAACCGCACGUGUCAGGAUAUCAUCAGAAGUGUGGGGUACCCGUACGAAGCAUAUCGCGUGAAGACAGAAGAUGGCCAUAUCCUCCUACUUGAAAGGAUACCAAGGCGAGAGUCACGAAAGGUGGUUAUGCUACAGCAUGGAAUUCUCGAUUCUUCGCUCAGCUGGGUCUCGAAUGGAGUCGUUGGAUCCCAAGCCUUCGCAGCUUUUGACCAAGGUUAUGAUGUGUAUCUGGGAAAUCUGCGGGGAUUGGCAUCAAGAGAACAUGAGGAUGAACACAUCUCACCUCAAAUAUACUGGAGUUUUUCGGUAAAUGAGCAUGGCACGCAAGAUAUUCCAGCCAUGAUAUCGAAGAUACACGAACUCAAGAUGAUGGAGUUACAAGAUUCACCGCAUUCAGGGAUCCAGAAUGGUGAGAUCUCUCAGUAUGUGGACGACGAUCCCAAGAAACUUCCUUACCGACUCUGCGGGGUAGCACACAGCUUGGGGGGCGCUGCAAUGUUGAUAUAUGUGGUGACAAAACGCCUCGCAAACAGGCCCCAUUAUCUUUCAAGAUUGAUCCUUCUUUCUCCAGCUGGGUUCCACGAAGCUGCUCCCUUGGCUCUAAAGUUGUGUUGUUAUGUUGUACCGUUCUCAGCUUGUUUUAUCAGCCUUUUCAUGCCUGGUAUAUAUAUACCCACAAGAUUCUUUCGGGGUCUUUUCAACAAGUUGUCUCGAGACUUUCAGAAUUACCCCGCGUUGGGUGGUUUAGCCCAAGCUAUUUUUAGCUAUCUAAUCGGUGGAGACAGCUCUAAUUGGGUGGGAGCAAUCGGGGUGUCGCAUUACAACAUGAACAAUAUGCCAGGUGUGGCUGUUCGAGUUGCUGUCCAUCUUGCCCAGAUGAUGCGGGCCAAGCGCUUUAUACUGUAUGAUUAUGGGAGAAGGGAAUUGAAUAUUCAGGCAUAUGGCACUCCCUAUCCACUGGACGUUGGAGCCAACUAUGGUGUAAUUGAUAUUCCUGUAGAUGUUGUGGGUGGGCUCAAAGACAAGCUGAUUCCACCAACUAUGGUCAAGAAACACUUCGAAACUAUGAGGAGUGCGGGUUGCCAAGCAUCUUAUUCAGAGUUUGAGUUUGCUCAUUUAGAUUUUACUUUUGCCAAUCGUGAAGAGCUUAUGGCCUAUGUCACGUCUCGUCUGUCACUUGUAGCACCUGUCCCUGGCACCAUCAUUGAGCCUCUUGAAGAAACACAAAGUUCACGGAAACUGACCGGAUCUCUUUCUCGCAAUUCCUUCAAAGAGAGACGCCUUGGCAAGUCUUCGAAUGGAUAAUCUAGGAACGGGGAAAUGCAGGAGGACAGAAUUAUGGAAGAGUUGCCAGAGGUGACUGCCACUGUAAAGUCACCUCCUGCAUCGAAGCUAAAAUCCACUUGACCUCCCUCCGUGUUGCGACAGGUAUUCGGUAUAUGCUGCAGUUUUGGGAUUCUUUGCCUGAUGAAUCUUAGCAUUCUACGAGUCUUUAGCAUGAUUGGAGAGAGCAGUUUUCGAUCCUAGUAGAAUUUGCACAAAUAGCUGGAUUUUUCUUCAUGUCGAUAUGAUCGUAUGUAAGUGGCUUGACCCAACCCGAGGAUCCUUGGAGUGCAAUCCAGAGUUGAGCAGUAGCGGGACCUUUGAAGGUAAUCUAGUAGGGACAGUCUCAAAGAUUUGAGGCGCCAAUUGUACUAUAGAAUGUAUUAGUUGAUCAUAAUGAUUCUUGUAUGUAUUGAAUCAGAUGGAACAACACCUAUCUGAUGCAAAUUUUGAUUCAAUCGAAUCUUCGAAUUCUAUUUGUUGAUCCUAA